UCUAGCCCAUUCUCCAAUAACUAUUAAUGCAUAAUACCCGGCCUUAUAAAAGCAGAAGAAGGUCUUAAGAUUCAAUCAGAGACCGAACACAAAGUGAAUUACUAGUUGUUUGAGAAGAGAAUUGAAGAGGUGCAAUGGCUUCAAAUCAGGAAGAGGUGAAGCUUCUGGGUGCAACGGGAAGCCCAUUUGUGUGCAGGGUGCAGAUUGCUCUCAAGUUAAAGGGAGUUGAAUACAAAUUUAUUGAAGAAAACUUGAGAAAUAAGAGUGAACUGCUCCUCAAAUACAAUCCUGUUCACAAGAAGGUUCCUGUGUUUGUUCACAAUGAGAAGCCAAUUGCAGAGUCCCUUGUGAUUCUUGAGUACAUUGAAGAGACAUGGAAAGGCAACCCCAUCUUGCCUACUGAUCCUUACCAAAGAGCCUUGGCCAGAUUCUGGUCCAAAUUCAUAGAUGACAAGGUCGUCACAGCAGCAUGGAAAUCUGUUUUCACCGCUGAUGAGAAAGAGCGUGAGAAGAACAUUCAAGAAUCCUUUGAGGCUCUGCAAUUUCUUGAGAAUGAGUUGAAGGACAAGAAGUUCUUUGGGGGAGAGGAGUUUGGGUUUGUGGACAUUACUGCUGUGUUCAUAGCUUUUUGGAUCCCUAUGAUUCAGGAAAUUGCAGGGUUGCAAUUGUUCACAGCUGAGAAAUUUCCAAAGCUGUACAAAUGGAGCCAAGAAUUUCUGAACCACCCAGUUGUCAAAGAAUGCCUGCCUCCUAGAGACCCAGUUUUUGCGUUUUUCAAAGGUCUUUAUCAAAGCCUUACUGCGUCAAAAUAGAUCUGAAUCUGAGUCUCAGCAUUCAGAUGUUGUUGCUGUUUAGAUUUCAUAAUAAAUUGAUAUAUGUAACGUGGGAUUUCAUCACACAUGUGAAGAAAGUCCAAGGAACUUUUUCUUGUUUAUGCUAUUUCAGUUAAAAGUCUUCUUUCCCAUCAUAGAAA